AUUGGGUAUGUCUAAAUUACUGAAUAAUAUAUCCCUAAAACUUUAUUCCUUUAACUUUUCCACGUAUUAUUGUUAAUUUAAAGGUAUUUGUUUGAUUUCCGCUGAAUAAUUAUCUUAAAUAUAUGAUAAAUAGUUUAAAUUAGAAACUACACGUGAUUCUGUUAUAAAUAUACCUUUUUUUCGAUACACUGUCAAUUUGUAUAAAAAAAACAAUUUUCGGUGCUUAUUUUCUCGGAAUGCAUCAAGUUUAGUUGAUUAAUUAUAAGAAGGUGUUAGAUGGUUUUUUGUAUAUAAGUUAUUAAAUGCAUUGAUUUUGUUUACUAUUUUCAAUAGGCACUAAAAUGAGUGAAUCACAUGUUCAAGAAGAGGGUUUUUUAUUUCAAGGAGCAGAAGCUAGAGUCUAUAAGAAAACAUUGUAUGGAAAGCAAAUUAUUAUUAAAGAACGUUUCUCAAAAAAGUAUCGUCAUCCAGUUCUUGAUAGUCAUCUCACUGAUCAAAGACUAAAAUCUGAAGUACGCGCCAUAUUGAAAUGUUCUUCUUGUGGAAUAAAAACUCCUGUAAUAUAUAUGGUAGAUUUUAACUCGAGUAAAAUCUAUAUGGAAUACAUAGCUGAAUCUAUAACCAUAAGGGACUAUAUUGAAAAUUUUUUAAAAGAUGGUGGAAAUAUUAAUGAGUUGGCUAGUCUUGGGAGACAGAUGGGUAAACUUAUUGGCAGCUUGCAUGCGAAUGGUAUCAUACAUGGAGACCUGACUACUUCUAAUAUUCUAAUAAAAUCCAAAGAAAGUGGAUGCGACCUAAUACCCAUUGAUUUUGGCUUGAGUAGCUUAGGAAGAUUACCAGAGGAUCAGGGUGUUGAUCUCUAUGUUUUGGAGAGGGCAAUGCUGAGCACCCACUUGAAUUCGGAAAAGCUAUUUGAGGAAUUACUAGACGAGUAUAGACUUAGCUUUCAAGGCGGUUUGGAAGCUUUGAACAAAUUAAGUGAAGUUAGGAUGAGAGGACGUAAGAGAACAAUGGUUGGAUAAAAGAGAACAUUUCACAUUUUUUGAUUUAUUCUGUUCGUUUCUGUUCGUUCCUUGGUUAAAAUCCAGGUUAUUCAUAGUAGACUAUAUGCAUUUUUGAUACAAGAAGCUCUACGUCUAAAAAAAUUGGUCUUUUAAAUAUACACUCAACGUUUCGUAUUUCUGCAAUUCUAACCUAUUUUUUUUGGGUUAUUUGUAGGCUUAGUAUUUAAUUACAAUUCUUCAAUCACU